AUGGGUCGCUACCUCGUCCUCGCUGCAGCGACUGUCGUCGCAAUCUCGUGCGGCCUCAACUACUGCUACUCCUCGCCAACCGCCUCGGACUCCCCUUUCAUCGGCCGCAUCGUUGACCGACGAGGCCCAAAGCCCACCCUCAUCCUCGCCGCCGUCGCCCUCACCGGAGGCUAUCUCGUCGUUCGCGCCUUCUACCUGAGCGGCCAUGUCGCGAACGGGCUCUACGCGCGCCUCGGCGUGCCGGGACUCGUCGCCGCCGAGUUGCUCACGGGCAUCGGCUCGACUGCUGGGCUGAGCUCGGCGGGCAACAGCCGACGAGCUGCGGCGCUCUCGGUCGUCCUCUCGGCAUUCGGCCUCUCUGCCUUCUUCUACUCGACCCUCUCGUCCCUCUUCCUCCACUCUCGCGCCAGUCUCGACGCGACACCCGCUUUCCUCCUCCUUCUCGCCCUCGGCAGCCUCUUCAGCACGGCCGUCGGGCUCGUGUUCGUGCGGCCUGUCCCGCUCGCGCCCCGAGCGGCCGACUCGAACUUGGACGAGGACCGAGCGGCCGACGAGGCGCCCGUCGAGGUCGAGGCGGCGCUCCCUGACGCCGACCAGCAUGCGCCGCAAGAGCCUGCCGUCGUCGUCGUUCCGCGCUCGACCGCGAGCCCGGGCCCACCCUCGACCGAGCGCACGCCGCUCCUGCGCAGCGACUCGACCAAGAGCGUGCAGGAGCGCAACAUUGCCGGCUGGGCCCUGCUGCGCGAGCUCGACUUCUGGCUCAUCUUUGGGUUCAACGGGCUGUGCGCCGGCGUUGGGCUGUGCUACAUCAACAACCUCGGCACGGUCGUGCGCUCUCUCGCGCUCGCGACCCGCACCGCCGACCCGUCCCUCCUCCACCUCGCGCCCGCCGCUGCACCCGCCUCGGUCGCGCUCCUCCAGUCGCGCCUCGUGUCCCUCCUCAGCAUCUUCAACUUUCUCGGGCGCCUCCUGUCGGGCUUCCUGUCCGACACGCUCCUCCAUUCGCCGCCGCGCCCGCUCCCUCGCACCCCGCGCGUCGCCUUCCUCCCGCUCACGGCGACGAUCCUCGUCGCGUCGCAGCUCGUCGCGCUCCGAACCGAGCGUGCCGAGCACCUGUGGGCCGCGACCGCGCUCACUGGCCUCGCGCACGGGUGCCUGUUUGGCAUCAGCGGCAUCGUCGGCCUCGAGCGGUUCGGGCUCAAGAGCUUCUCGCAGACCAACGGGUUCCUCGCCCUCGCCCCGGCACUCUUUGGGCAGAUGACCAACCUCCUGUUCGGCCGCAUCUACGACUCGCACGUCCUCUCCUCCCCGCCCUCUCCCUCGUCAUCUUUCGCCGCCGGCACCUGCACCCUCGGCCGACAGUGCUACGCCCAGGCGUUUGUCCUCACGAGCGGCAUGGCGCUCGGCGCGCUCGCCGUCGGGCUGUGGCUCGCGCUCGGGAGGAAGGGCAUGCGCAUCCGGGCGGCGUAG